UUUUUUUUUUUUUAAUAAAAUUGGAGGGGAGAGUCUUCCUUUAUUUAUUUAUUUUUUAAUCUCUCAUUCAAAAACAGCAGUAUCAAAACCACAUUACUUUUGUAAUAAAUUUGCAAAAAAAAAACACUAUUUUUGUAAUUUGCCCAAAAUUUUUUAUACUAGAAAGUAUUAGAGUUACGUUUUAUAUUUAUAUUUGUAUCUGAGAAAAAAAGGGUGCAUAUGAUAUAGCUUAGCUUAUGGUGUAGCAAAGUCUAUUCCCUGUCAAUUGGUUAGAUUUGUUUCGAUUGGAAUUCCGGACAGAGCCCAAAAAUCUCUUUACAUCUAUUCCUCUACAAGAAGCAAACUAUGCCACCAUUCAAACUCCAGUUCCUCCCUUUCUUCUUGUCCCCGUCUUUACGUUUACCAUUCAAUCACAAAUGGCGCACUACGUGUGCCAAGAAAAGUAUGGUCUGGUGAUUUCUGAACACGGGAGGCAAACUGAGAGGGUUGCUAGAUUUUUGAAGCCAUGCGCCACCACCGCUGACGAGGCGGAGAGGGUUUCUCGUCGUUCCCACUUACUGUUUGAAGAAAUGUUUAGCGGACAAAAACGGUGGCCCAACAGGGUUAACUUCCAAAGAUGGGCUUGUCCCCAAAUGAACUGGGACAAAUGGGUCGAAAAGCUGGUGGUUCAACACUCUGUCAUGUGGAAACAAAUUGGAAUUUACGAUGCCAUCAUGGGUUCUUGCUGUGAUAUAAGGCGCAAUAAGGAUAUAAUAUUGGGUUUGGUUGAGUUUUGGUGUUCUGAGAUGAAUACUUUUGUGUUUCCAUGGGGGGAAGCCACAAUUACAUUGGAAGAUGUGAUGAUUCUUGGGGGUUUCUCUGUUCUUGGGGAACCCAUUAAGAAGCGUGUGACUGCAGAGGAGUUGAUCAUGGUGGUGGACGCCAUGAGAAAGAGGAAGUCUGCAAUUUCAAAAGGUAAGUCUAGAAAAACUAGUCAUGGAGCUUGGAUGAAGCACUUUAUGGAUAAUGACAAUGACAUUGAGGUUGAGCAUGCGGGUUUUCUCUCAUACUGGUUGUCAAGGUAUGUCUUCCCCUUACCUACUAAAGACACCGUUUCAAAUGGUGUAUUUCCUAUUGCAGCCCAUUUGGUUGGAGGGACCCAAAUGGCUUUAGCCCCCGCAGUCCUUGCAGGCUUGUAUAAGAACUUGAGUUUGCUGAAGGAUAAAGCACUUUCUGCUUCUAAUGAUGGUGAAAUAACUGUCAUCGCUCCAUUUCGACUUGUCUUGUUGUGGGCAUUUGAGCAUUUUCCUCCGCUAGUUCGGACAUCCCCAAAUGUACUCAAUCCUGGGGAGCCAAGAGCUGCCCGCUGGUACAAAUUCAUCUGCAAAAUGGAUAAAUCUUUUGUUGAAACCAUCUUCUUAUCAGGGCAAUGCUUUGAAUGGAGGCCUUAUGCUGCUGAUAUAACCAACUGGAAUCAUUCAUCUUAUUACAGAGCUGAAGAGCAUUUAGAAAUUGACAGUGGGAACAACUCUGACCAGAAUUUGCAAUGUUAUCUCAUAUGUAUAACAAUGUGUUACUUAGUUGGAUUAGAUUGUCGAGAGAGUUAUAUGCCUCAUCGUGUAGCGAUGCAGUUCGGUAUCGAUCAGGAUUUACCUGGUGAAUUCUCUGGAUUGGUCUUUGGCCCCAAAGAUGUUUGUUUCUUUGUUCCUCCCAGGUUCUUUAAACCCAGUGUUUCACUAAAGUACUCCAACUGGUGGAAGAAUUCUGAGUUCAGUUGUGGAGGAAAACUGCCUAGCGUUUUGAGAAGAAGCUUAGAUACUUUUCAAAUGCCUCCAGGCGGGGGUGAAAUAAGCUCUAAGGAUUACCAUACUCCAAAUGUUACAGCAAGGUCAAAGGACAGUAAGAUUGUGUCUCGGUCCUCCAUAAAAGAUGAGGUUGUAGAGACCGAAGACGAGAGUGAAUCCGUGAAGCGGAACAAAAACUUUGAUGUUUUACUCGAACAAAUUUCUGAAUCUGAUUUUCCCACCAGAGAAGCUGUAAGCUUGGGAAGGAGGUCAUCACCAUCCAUAGAGGAAGUGAAAGGUGGGGGUGGUUCCUAUACCUCAGCUAAAUCAUUUGAUUCAGGAAGUCCUGAUUGUUCGACUCCAUGUUCUGCUCGUUUCAGAUCCCUUGCUUCGAUCACUAGGGAAUUGUCUCCCGCAAAAAGGUUCCAAGAUUCUGUUGCCACCGAUCAUUUUGUAACUCCCCAAAAGAUGGCUAAAGAUUCAAAGGAAUUUGAUGAUAACCGUCCUUCAGAGAGUAGGCACAGAGUCAAUGGGUGGAACAGUGAAACUACUUCAGAUGAAGUUCAUCUCAAUGAAACCAAUAGAAAAAGAAAAUUGUCUACUUUCACAGAAGAUAGUUCAGAUUGGGAAGAAACAAUUUCAAUAAUGAAUGUCAAUACUGAUGGAAUGCAAGGAGAUUGUGGCAAUGCAACAAUGGACGUUGAUGAAAGAAUCUUUGAACUUCAGAUACUGGAAUUGGAAAAGAGAAUUGAGAGACUGGAGAAACAGAAGGGCAUAAGUUCAGAGCUACGAAGAGCAACAUUUCAAUUGUGGGAUGUGUUCAAGAUGGUGGAUUUUGAUCAUAAGGUGUGUCUUUUAAUUGCAUAAUAUAUUUACUUUUGUAAGAAAUACUGUUAAAAGCUUCUUGACCAAUGACUAGGAAAGGAGCAUAUGGGCAAAUGUAUAUUGUCAGUGGAAAUGUUGCAAUUUUAGAUUUGUGAGACACUUCUAGAAAUUAAAUUAGAUACCCACGCAACUUUAAAUUUAUAA